AAGACUCCUGUGAGAUGUGAAAAUGAACACAGGACUUCUAAAGUAGCCAAGAUUAUACAAGAUGCCAUUUGCAAAACAAACAUUAAUGCACAAAAUACAAGACAGAGCAGCAUGCAAAUGGUGAGCAGUGCUGCAGCGCUUCAUGCAAUCCCUGCUCACCACUCACAAACCCAAGGUGGGGGUACAGUGAGCCCCACCCCUCCACUCAGAAGCUUGCUCCUUAUGGAGAAUGCUAAGGGCCAUCAAUCCCUGAGCCAUCCAGCACCAGGCCCAACACAGUCCCCUCCUCCCAGGAAAGGCCCAGGCUGGCUGUUCCCAAUUCCCCCACCCUAGACCAUCAGAGGCCUGCUCUGGUCCAAGGCCCUGGGCCUCCACAUGCAUCUCAAAGCCAACUGGCUUCUCUAACAGCAACCGUCUUAAAAAUGACUUGGGUUGUACAAGGCCUGCCCAUGAUUUAGAGAAAAGCUCAUGACAUUCUCUCCUUUCCUGACUUAGCCAUUCUCAGCGGUUGCUUGCUUGGUUAUCUUACCAACGUUUGUAUCUAUCCUCCACACCUGCCUACCCUGGACCCUCGGUACAUCCCCUAGCACUACCUACCCUCCUAUCCACACACACACACCUAUUCACCAGGUCUGUGGCUCAUCUGCCCACUCUGCCCAAAGACCCUUGCCAACUCCUGACCCCACACAUGGAACUGCUCUCAUCCAGCAGACUGGGACCACCACUGGACUGACUGGACCUGGGCAGCUUCCACUGAUUCCAGGGUCACAAGCUCACAGGAGGUUUUCUUCAAACCCCAAAGAAAGGGCAGGGAAUCGGCUCUCGUGAAAUGAGGAACACACAGGACCAGUUCCCAAGGCCUGAUAAGGAAACAGGCUUGGGAAUGGACCUGGAUCACCUCCCUUUGGGCCUCGCUGGUGACAAUGAAGCCACAGCAAGAAGGAGGGCCAGGGAGGGUUACCACAGGCCUGAAUGCCAGCUUCAUUCCAGUGGGUGGGGAGGGGGUGCUCCUUCUAGGCCUUCCUGGCUUGCAGGGGCCCCAUUGCCCACAGCCUAGUCCCCACUCCCAGCAGCCUGGCUUUAUGACUUCAUUCGCUGGUCACUUGGUGACAGUGCUGAGCGCUCCACUCCUCCAAGUCCAGGCCAGCCCAACCAGACGCCUCCCCACAGUGGGAAUGAGGACAAUGCUUGCUGGCCCGUGUCGGGAGGGGAUGCAGAGGGCGGCGGCACCGGCCGCUCCUGGCACCAUGGACGAUGCCGCGGUCCUAAGGAAGAAGGGUUACAUCGUAGGAAUCAAUCUGGGCAAGGGCUCCUAUGCAAAAGUCAAAUCUGCCUACUCGGAGCGCCUCAAAUUCAAUGUGGCAGUCAAGAUCAUAGACUGCAAGAAAACACCCACUCACUUUGUGGAGAGAUUCCUUCCUAGGGAGAUGGACAUCCUGGCGACUGUCAACCACCGUUCCAUCAUUAAGACCUACGAGAUCUUUGAGACCUCUGAUGGACGCAUCUACAUUGUUAUGGAACUGGGCGUCCAGGGCGACCUCCUCGAGUUCAUCAAGUGCCGAGGAGCCCUGCAUGAGGAUGUGGCACGUAAGAUGUUCCGCCAGCUCUCCUCGGCCGUCAAGUACUGCCAUGAUCUGGAUGUUGUCCACCGAGACCUCAAGUGCGAGAACAUUCUGCUUGACAAGGACUUCAACAUCAAGCUGUCUGACUUCGGCUUCUCCAAGCGCUGCCUGCGGGACGGGAGUGGGCGCACCGUCCUCAGCAAGACCUUCUGUGGGUCAGCGGCUUAUGCGGCCCCCGAGGUUCUGCAGGGCAUCCCCUACCAGCCCAAGGUGUAUGACAUCUGGAGCCUGGGUGUGAUCUUCUACAUCAUGGUCUGUGGCUCUAUGCCCUAUGAUGACUCUAACAUCAAAAAGAUGCUGCGCAUCCAGAAGGAGCACCGAGUGGACUUCCCACGCUCCAAGAACCUGACUGGUGAGUGCAAGGAUCUCAUCUACCAGAUGUUACAGCCAGAUGUCAACCGGCGGCUGAACAUUGAUGAGAUCCUCAGCCACUCAUGGCUACAGCCCCCCAAGCCCAAAGCCAUGUCUUCUGCUUCCUUCAAGAGGGAGGGGGAGGGCAAGUAUCGAGCUGAGUGCAAGCUGGAUACUCGACCAGGCUCAAGACCUGAACACCGGCCUGACCACAAACUGGGGGCCAAACCCCAGCACCGGAUGAUGGUGGCACCCGAGAAUGAAGACAGGAUGGAGGAGAGGCUGGCUGAGACUUCCAGAGCUAAAGACCAUCACAUCUCUGGAGCUGAGGUGGAGAAAGCAAGUACCUAGUGGUGGAGUGGGCCCUGGGGGGUCAUGGUGUGCAGUUUGCACUCACAUAAGCUAAAUAGGCAGGUAGGAGCUGAAGAAGGCACAGGCGCAAGGAACAAGUAAAAUCCGUCAAUUAAACCACUCUUUUGAUUAUGUUCUAUUAGCUUUCUUCCACUUAGUAGCAAAGACAUUAAUACUGACCACCAAAUAAACCACAAAGUGUAUACAAGCA